GGUCCUGCCUGUUCCGUUAUCUGCCUCCGCCCCCGACCCGAUCGGCCUUAAAAAGCUUCAACUUGCAACCAAAUCCCCAGUUGGAGCGCUGCAGAAAAGGACCACUAUGGGUUUGGGUGACUACAGCCACUGCAGACAGAGGAUGUCCCGGGGACUCUACGGAGUCUCUGGAAGGGCUGCGCUCUGGUCCCCAGCCUUCCACCCGGUACACCGCACGCCUUGCGGCACCUGGCGCAUCGAAGCGCCAGAUCACGUCCGGGCGUCCAGCCCGGUGCUGGAGCACCUCCGGAGGCAGCUGGAGCGCGCCUUCCAGCGGGCGGCGGCACGCGGGCGCGUCAGGCGUGCGCGGGAGGCGGUGGCGGCGGUGGCGGCGGCCGCCGCGGCAGCUCGGGAGGAGCGGAGUCGGGCGCGCAUGGAGUGCGCCCUGGCCCGGCUGCGCGCGGAGCUGCUGGAACUGCGUUUCCAGAACCACCAGCUGGCCCGAACUUUACUGGAUUUAAACAUGAAAAUGCAGCAGCUGAAGAAGAGGCAGGACCAGGAGCUUGCUUCCAAACCCCAGAGCCCACAGGAUGAGGAGAUGAACGAGGAGAUGAAUACCGAGUGCGGAAACGCAUAGUGGGGAGUCUGAGCCCGCAACUCCAAAGCAACCCCUUGCCCUCACCAUAACAUAGGCCAUCCUGAAGCCACUCUAACAUUAACACUAGCAAUGCUUUAUGUGCACUCUGAAGGACAGUUUGUCUGACGAAAACUUAGGUGUAAGGAGGAAGUGGGAAAAAAAAACAAGAAAGGGAGCGAGACUUUUUUUUUUUAAGUUUUAAAAAUAUUCAUUCAUUGGUUUGACUGGUUAUUAUCUUAGGAGUAGAAGGGAAGAGGAUGAGGAGCGUAUAGGAGGAAGAUGAACCAAAGCACUAAAAGACGGCCUUAAUGCCAGCUUACAACGCUGCACGUUAGUUACCUUCAUGUAGUACUUACUGUGUGAACUUCAGAAUCUGUGCUUAUUUUUACUUUAUUUAUUUUUGGUCGAUCUAGCAGCCUAUCCAGUACUCUUCUGCCUUGUGAAUCUGAGAAUUACUUGUGUCUAGAUUUCACCCAUACACUUAAUGUGGCCAGUAAGAAGGGUGUCUCACCUUAUUGCUGAAUGUGGACAUGUACUCCAGGACUUGCUGUCACUGAAACGUAAAAUACUAACUUUUCUUCUCAUAGAACCUCUUGCCUCAGUGGAUUCAAGUUUGACUUUCAAGAUGUACAACCCUAAAUUCCUGACUAAUUUAGUUCUUUUGUUCAAUUAACUUGGGAGUUUAAGUGGUUCUUAUUUAAUUAAAAGGUUGAAUUGUACACCCGAAGUGCUUUACAAUGCAAAAAUAAAAUAAAUAAAAAUAGUUGCAGACCUAA